CCAAUUAAAUUUUUCCUGUGCCCUAAAACGAGCUUUGCUUCUUCCAGAAAUUUCUCCUGGCUUGAAAGGUUCACUCCCGUCCUUUGCUCCCGGGCUGUGCGCUGUACUUUCUGACACGCCACCUCCAUCCACACGACUGCUCUCCCCCUCCGCCACUUUUGCAGGGACCACAGUUGUCAGGCGUAGCUUGAAGCUGCCAAAUCGCUCUCACCUCCACAAAAAGCUGGUGCUAAGCAGCAUCCUCUAUUCAACCCGGGCAUGUUUAGCACCUAAAAGUUCCUUUUGCCGGCGAUGUUCAAGGGGAGCGGCAGCAGCUCGCGCUGAGGCGCUUCCACCCACAGCUCUGCACACAGCGCCACGGAGGGGGGAGCGAGUCUUUCCUAUCCCUUCUAUCGUGAGGACCAAGGACUCCUACCGUCCAUUUAUUUCCGCCCCCCCCACCCAUCAGUGGUCUUUAAAACGAUCACAGUAUGCAGCACAAUGCUUUAAAACAGCAAAGCUUCUGGAAAACCCAAACAAAAGGAACGUCACCGGGUGACGUCAGCCUAUAUACAGCCCUGUGUGGUCGCAGCGCAUAAGCAAAUCCAUUCUUGUGCCGCUUCCCUGAAAAGCUUUUCAGUAAAUGCACUCAUGCUACUACAGGAGCUUCUCUCAGCAAUAAGCCACCCAUCUGCCAUCAACAAGUUAGGACUAAAGGGAGCCACAGCUGCGCAAAAAGGAAACGUGAGCUUCAAUUAAACAGCUGAGCAGCCACCGAGGAUGAAAACUUGCAUUAAGCGUUGAUUUAAAAAUUGCAGACCUGUUAGAGGAGAUCAAGGCAGCGAUUUCAAAAGGAAUAUUCCAGGAGAGCAUCGUGGAUUCAAUUUUGCACCGAUAUCAAAGGACACCAAGCCCAGUAAAUUAUUCAAAGGCUAUCUUACAGUAGAGCCUUUUACAGACUCACGGCGUUGAGUCUAAAACUACGACUGAAUGCAACCUCCAAUGUGCUCAAAAGAAUGGGCUUACAUUUCAAGUGGCCAUUAGGGGCUCGUAUGCUGGCAGCACUAUAUGCAAUGAGUAUGGUUUUAAAAAUGCUGCCUGCCUUGGGCAUGGCUUGUCCACCAAAAUGUCGCUGUGAGAAGCUGCUCUUUUACUGUGACUCUCAGGGGUUUCACUCAGUGCCAAACACCACUGAAAAGGGCUCGCUAGGUUUGUCACUGAGGCACAAUUAUAUUUCUGAACUUGAGAGGGAUCAAUUUGCAAGCUUCAGUCAACUUACUUGGCUUCACUUAGAUCAUAAUCAAAUUGCUACAGUCAGAGAAGAUUCUUUUCAAGGACUGUAUAAACUUAAGGAAUUAGUCUUAAGUUCCAACAAAAUCUUUCAUUUGCCAAACACAACUUUUAGCCAGCUGCUUAACCUGCAGAAUUUGGACCUCUCUUUUAAUCAGUUAUCCUCUCUGCACCCCGAGCUCUUCUACGGCCUUCGCAAGCUCCAGACAUUGCUCUUGCGUUCCAACUCCCUGCGGACCAUCCCGGUCCGCCUGUUCUGGGACUGUCGUAGCCUGGAGUUCCUGGAUUUGAGCACAAACCGCUUGCGAAGUUUGGCUCGUAACGGAUUUGCGGGAUUAAUCAAGCUGAGGGAGCUUCACCUAGAGCACAACCAGCUGACAAAGAUUAAUUUUGCUCACUUCCUCCGGCUGAGCAGCCUGCACACGCUCUUCUUGCAGUGGAACAAAAUUAGCAACUUGACGUGUGGGAUGGAGUGGACCUGGAGCACCUUGGAAAAGCUCGAUUUGACUGGGAAUGAAAUCAAAGCCAUCGACCUAACCGUCUUUGAAACUAUGCCUAACCUGAAAACCCUCCUAAUGGAUAACAACAAGCUCACCACGCUGGAUUCCAAGAUCCUGACCUCGCUGAGGUCCCUCAGCACCGUGGGCCUCUCGGGCAAUCUGUGGGAGUGCAGCCCCAAGAUCUGCGCCCUGGCCACAUGGCUGGGGGGCUUCCAGGGGCGCUGGGAACACUCCAUCCUCUGCCACAGCCCCCACCACGCCCAGGGAGAGGAUAUUCUGGAUGCCGUGUACGGCUUUCAGCUUUGCUGGAAUUUAUCGACUGUUGUCACCCCCGUGGCUACGACGGACGCGGCUCCCACUACCGAGUCCACAAAAAGAAUAAGCUCUUCUCAUUUCCAUAUGGGAGACAAAGAGAUUCCAACCACGGCAGGCAUGGUCGUCACCACCGAAGAGCCGUUCCCGGAGCCAAACAAUGCCAUCUUCACUCAGAGGGUAAUUACAGGAACAAUGGCUUUACUGUUUUCUUUCUUUUUUAUCAUUUUUAUAGUGUUCAUCUCCAGGAAGUGCUGCCCUCCCACAUUAAGAAGAAUUAGGCAGUGCUCCAUGAUUCAAAACCACAGGCAGCUCCGAUCCCAAACGCGGCUGCAUAUGGCAAACCUGGCCGACCAGGGACCCUAUAAUGAGUACGAACCCACCCACGAAGGACCCUUCAUCAUCAUUAACGGCUACGGACAGUGCAAGUGCCAGCAGCUGCCGUACAAAGAAUGUGAAGUAUAAUACCCACAUGCCACCACAAAGUAAAUCAGAUAAGUAACCUAUUUUAAAAUUGUAGGGGACCUAUAUCAGAUUCUAAUUUUUACAAAUGUUGACAUAAAGCCUAAUUUUCCAAGCUACUUAAUGGAAACAUUGUUUAUGGAGUGGUGCAGUAUUUUUAAGUUUUUUUAAAAAUAAAUCCAUAAUAUUUUCAGUGUUAAAGAAGCAAUGAUUACAUUAAACUUGCACUCCUGAUGGUUAAAAGUCUAAAGAGACACCUCAAACUAUGUAAAAUGUUUCAUGUUCUGUAAUUAUAUGGCUGUGUGUAAACAUUUAUACCCAAGUCUCCACAUUCUACUUUUUCUAAUGAGAACAGCGCGGGGGGAAGGAUACUGGCUAUCUGUACAGAGAUCUGCGGGGGGACAUACGCUCCGUUUGUUCCACUGCAGCUGUAGCAUCCCAAACGCUCCAGCUGGCUCCGCUCACUUGAAAAGCUGCCGGGGAGGAAGAUUUUCCUCCUCUGAUCAUUUCACACCAGUGAAAAAAGGGGAGGGGAUGCAAAGGGGGAAAAAAAAGAGUGGGGGUGAGGGGGGGUUAAAAAAGUCCAGGUGGAGAUUUAAGAGCGUUGGGGACGGGUGAAUUUAUUUUAAAUGCAGUUUUCCUAUCUGCAUAUUCAUAGUUUGGCUUGUUUCAAAGGACCUUGCUCAGGCCCCCCGACAGACACAGCAAGGAGCCGUUCCCAGGGUCACAAAUUAGCAGGACGGUCACAAAUUAGCAGGACGACUCUCCAGGCGCUCCCCAAGUGGGCAGCGCAGCUUAUUUAGGAAAGCUCAGUGCGACGGGAUCAAUACUAAAUAUUAAGUGCAUUCAAUUCUUAUCGGCUCCCUGGUUUGGCUUGGUGAUGCUUUUCAUGAAUUCAGGCUAAUUACUUAGGACAACCAAAUGGCAUUUCAAUGCCUUUUCAUGUCUAAAUACCCUUAACGCAAGUUUUUCUUAAAGAGAGGUAAAUGCGAAGCGCGAGGCGAAGCUGGAAGGAAGGAAGAAGCGUGGCUUUGUGCCCCCGCCGCCCCCGCCUGCGCCGCCCUCGCUCCUGGCAGCGAUUUUCACGCACUAACUCCACCGGUUUCUCUGGAGACAGAAUGAGCCCUUGUAAUAUAAGCUCUCACUUGUCCUCCUCCCCCCAAAAUUCAAGGUAAUUACUAGUUAAAAACAAACCAAACAAAAAAUUACAUACCUUCUGGUAAGUUAGGAUAAUAUGAUUAGUCUAUAGAAUAGUUCACUGAAAAAUGUUUUGUUUCUUACUCGAUAUGGGACAGAAUCUAAACUAGCAUACCAUUUUGAAAAAGCAUAUAUAAAUAUAUAUACACACACGCACCUCAUUCUUACGGAGUAAUUUGCUUUCUUUAGCCAGAAGCACCAUAUUGCUAUUUAUCCUAUAUUGUGAGAUUCUCUGUAAAUAUUUGCGGAUCUAUGCAGCGCUGGUGGUGUCAGAUGCCACGGGGGCGGGGGUGGGGGUCUGCAGAGAUGACAUUAUUUUUAAGUCAACUGCUCAAAUAUUGUAAACAUUCUAACCAAAGCUAAAAGGACCAGAGGGAUGGACAUUUUUAUAGAUAUAUAUAGAUAUAUAUAUACAUGUAUGUAUAACUAAAAAGAUGUGUUGUGUCCAAUGCUGCAGUGUUGAACAGUUACCAGCACACACCGAUGAAGAAAAGAGAUUCCUCACAGUGUUGCCAUACCUUGAACAAAUCAGUAAUUACAGUAUGCUAAUUGUGUUGUACUAAACUAUUCUGCAAACUUUUUAAACAGGAAAAAAUCACUGCAUAAAAAUCCAUUUGCUAUUUCACUCUGCUUUAUUAUAUCUGUAUUACCACUUAGUGAGGUAUUUAGGGUGCAAUUAUACAACAGUUUGAUGUUUUAUUGUGAAAUGAAUUCGUCCAAGACAAUUAUAGCAAGAUAAGUGUGACUUCUGUUAAGAUUUUACAUAAAGAUUUUUCAGUUGUUGGUUUUGAAGAUAUUAAUUUGCAUUGUUUUACUUUUACAUACAGUGCCCUUAUAAAACAAUUAUUUUGUUUA